GUUUAUUGUCAGCUGGUAAUGGUGAGUUUUGUGGCUGGAACACCGUUUCAACCAGUCCUCCUGAUGCCACUACUCAAUCUCCCACCCCAGACCCGUUUAGUGACAUGUCCGUUCCUACUGCUUCCAUACCAACAUCUGCCCUCCUUUCAUCAACUGACCUCUUUGACCUGAUGGCCCCCAACAACAGCAGCGUCAGCACAUCCCAAAGCAUGACCUUCAACAUUUGCCCACAGAAUGCAACCUCAGCACUGUCCAGAUCACAGACAAUAGGCGGUCCAUUAUUGCCUCAGCAGAUGGGACUACAGACGUCAGAGGGCAAGUUAUCAAUGCCUUCUACUUGGUCAGACCCAAGUGUCAACAUCAGCCUGGAUUUCCUCUCUGCAGGCCUGAACCCUUCCAAACCCAUACAGCCCACACUCAAUACCAUGAUGCAGCAAGGUGUUCAGCCGCCUUUAAAUAUGGUCACUCACAAUUUUGCCAGAAUGACACUCAAUGCCCAAUCCUCGACAGCUGCUCUCAAAAGAGGAAUGAACCCCAUGAUGGUUGGAUCCAUGCCCUCUACAAUGGCGAUGGGUACCACAGGAAUUGGCUCCAUGGGUAUUGGAGGAAUGUCUGUCAAUCAAGGACUAAUGGGCACAAAUAUUGUGCCAGCUGGAAUAGGCCUACAAGGUUCCCUAGGCAUGCCCAGCAUUGGUACUGGCCAGGGCAUGAACGCUUCCAUGGUGCAACCUAAACAAGAUGCCUUUGCCAACUUUGGCUACUUUGGAAAAUGAAUAUUAUCUCCAAGAAAGUAAAACAGUCCAAAUACACCUUCUCAAAAGAAGGAGCUGCAUCCAGUUAUAUGGACAAAACUAGCCAGUGUCACAUCUCUUCAGUCAUUUGUUCAUAUACAUU